UGAUAACUUCAAAAAUUGUCGGAAUGACAAAUUUACUGAAUUUUUUUUUAAAUACUGCAGUGAUUUUUUAAAAUAUGUUUUUGAAGGCGAAGAAAUUGCGUUAUGAGGACCAGAUCUUGAUCCCAGAAAGCUGGGACAUUUCUAGUCUGGAAAACGACAUCAAGAAAAUGGAAAUCCAAACGGAAGAAGUUUUGAGUAGAGUGAAGGAAGAUAAGUCUACAACUUCGUUGGUGUGUGAGGACAGUGAAGAAGAAGUGGCAAUUUGGGAAAAACGCAGAGCAGAACAUUUGGCGUCUGUGAAGGAAAUGGCGUCAGUUUUCGGACUCGUUUUCUUAUUUACUUGCUUCGUGUUUGGACUUCAUUUGUGGCUCAUGCCUGGGGAUUUGCGACAAAGGUCAAUCGCGUUGAGAAAGUUGGACUCCGUGGCUGAAGCACUCGGAAGACUCAAGCAUGGGUUUCUGAGAAUGCUGUGGCUUGAGAAUUGACAUAUUUUCAAAUCAAUUGCUUCAUCUAAAAACAAAUUAACGUAUACUGUACAACGGAAGUCAAGGGACCAAAAACAUCCGUCGUGGAUAUAAUUUUCUUGUAGAGAACCCCUAAAACCCU